AUGGCUUCGAUUCAAGCCCGACAACCCACUCAUAAGGCUGUGAUUCUCGACCUGAUAAAGUGGGUCGAUGAGAAUUCUGUGGACGGUGUUGAUGCGGCCGGCGCAUGCGCCCGCUUUAUGCCAACGAAGGAUUUGAGGGAGUAUAUAAAAGACAAAUAUCGACUUCGAGAUAUUCUUAAGGCUUUGUUUGAGCCUGAAGACCCACCGACGAAUGUUUCACCCGCAGCGAUCCUAACGAGUUGUACCUCUGUCUUUGCGAUCCUCAUCAGGAUACAGAAAGGAGCAUAUAUCAGCGAAUUCCUUCGGCAUGGAGAACUAUUCGACAACCACCUUCCGUUCCUCACCAAGCCGCCCGCAUUUCCGUCCGUCCCAAAUGAUGAUUUCUUUGAUCGCUUCUGCAAAGAGCAAUGGCGGUUCUGUGCCCACACCUUCAAAGACGGUUACGAUGAUCUGCACAUCUCGAACUCCUACAUUCUACCAAUUCUCAAAACCGAGACCCUCGUUGAGGGUGGGGCGGCGGAUGUGCAAAAGGUUACACUGCAUCCAGAAUAUGACAAAAUUCAGCCCUCGCUGCAAGGCACUGAAGAGAGUGACCGAUCUCACAAGCCUAAACAUACCUAUGUUUUGAAAUUGUAUCGGUCGAAGCGAUAUGCCAGUGAAGAACUGUACAAGGCUGAGUCAGAGGCAUUCAUCCAUCUUCGGAACUCUCAUGCGUUAGGGAAGUAUUUUAUCGGCUACUAUGGGAGCUUCACACACGGAAUCACUAGGAACAUACUCCUGGAAUACGCCGACUAUGGUUCACUUGAGAAAUUCUUCAAUUCAGUCGAGCCUCCCAGUACUGGCGAGGACAUCAUUAGGUUCUGGCAGUCCAUGUUUGGAAUCAUUGAUGCUGUUCGCGAUAUCCACACCAUCCCGUCGCCAGAAUCGCACAACGCUGCGCCGUUUUGGCACCAGGAUAUCAAGCCGGCGAAUAUACUGGUUUCACGCGGCUCUACAGAUGGUGAAUUUGAAUUCAAGCUUGCGGAUCUGGGCCUGGCGCACUUCCACAGAGUCAAACUCAAGUCAAAGAGCCAUCACAACGGAGCCAUCUCAGGCAGAGACGUCGGAGGAACGCGCGAGUAUGGUGCUCCUGAGUGCUAUCGUGGUGACGAAUCUCAGCACCAGACAACACGCCAUAUUGGUCAAGCUGUUGACAUCUGGUCCCUAGGUUGUGUGUACAGCGAGUUCGCGCACUGGAUAGCUCAAGGCAAGCUGGGCCUUCAAAAGUACCGAGAGCGCCGUGAGGAGGUUACGAAAGCUAUUCCAGAUCAUCUUGAUCCCGGGUGUUUUCAUGACAAGGAGAAAGUGUUGACGAUAGUUAAAGAUUCACACGACGAACUCUUCAAGCACAGACGAGUCGAUGAUUUCAUGGUGAGACCUGUCAUCAAAAAGAUGGUUGAAGAGAUGCUCGACGAUGCGGCCGGCCGACCGACGGCAGUGCAGUUGGAGUACAAGGCCAAGAAGAUCAUACAGCAGGCGGAAAAAGACCUGCGCGAUAUUGAACCUCUCCGGAUUAUCUCGCGGAGCUCAACAACACAAUCCUCGGAAUUGAACUUAGAAAGAGGCAUCCCUCUACGUCUACACCAACCAAGACCGCCUAAAGCACCCUCGAGCAUUAUGCCAGACACCUUCUUCGACAAACAUGAGCUCUUGUCAACAGUUACGACAAUAGAGGAAAGCCCAUCAGCCACCUCGAAGAAGAACACCGCUUCGGUACAUCCGGACAGAGGUUAUAUACACAACCGGGUGACUUCUAAUCCCACUCGUAACGGCCCUUCAUCAAGUGAGGAUGGUCAACGAACGGCUGUCCCGGGAGCCGAUCAUCACGAGAACUCUUCUUCGCCAACCCCACCACAAACACCAUUCUCGUCGCCCGGUAAACUAAACAACAAAAGUGUCAUACCCAAUAUGUCGAUCGGUCAAGCAUUAUUCUGGAUUUAUUGUCAAAAGGAUCUAGGACGAGAUAUGAUCCCUCGAGAACAUAGAAAAUACAUCGAGGAACUUGCCGACCGAGAUCAUAUCUUCCUCAUUGAUGACGCGGCUACAAUGGAGCAACAUUGGUCAGAAGUGACAAUGUUGACCUACAUCUUCACAUCUUUCCUGAAACGUUAUGACAAAGAUGGGAUGGAACUGUACUUUGCAUCGUCCAAGGAGUGCAUAAACGAGAAGAAGGUAACGCCAUUGAUGUCAAGACUGCUUGGUCACAGGCAAAGAGACACGUCCGAUAUUGGGAAAUGCCUUGAUAGGUUGGUAACCAGAUACAUUGACAAGAUCGAUGGGGCACAACAUAGGUCCUACUUGCGCACUGCCAAACAACCGAAGCCUUGCUGCAUCUAUGUGCUUACCGACGGAAUCUGGGAGGAGACGUCUGACGCCAAAUCACCGGUCAAAAGACUUGUUGAUACAUUGAAACACCAUCGCAAGGAUCCUGCUGAAGUCGGAAUUCAGUUCAUUUUCUUCGGGAAUGACCAGCAAGCUCGGAAAAAGCUCGAGGUGCUCGAUGAUCAUUUGGAUUUGGAUAUGGACAUUGUCGAUAUGGAGCCUGCCAACGGAAACGUCUUGAAGAUGCUUACUGGAGGCAUCCUGAAAAAGGUCGAUCGAGUAGUGACAAACGGUGCCGGUUCGUGA